GAACACCAGCGGCAAACCAAAGUAAACGCUGAUGAUUUUCAAGUGUCUACGCUUACUGCUAGUUAUCAGCGAUUUCCCCACAGCGUCUGGCAUUCGUAAAUUUACGAUGAAAAUUCUAAAUGUUGCUGAGAAAAAUGAUGCCGCCAAAAAUAUUUCGGAAAUUCUGAGUCACGGAGGAUAUCAUAGGAGAGAAGGAAUAUCGAAGUUUAACAAAAUAUACGAGUUCCCUUUAAAUCUCAACGGCCAGAAUGUCAUGAUGGUAAUGACGUCUGUGUCAGGCCAUUUGACUAAUUAUGAUUUUCUCCCAAAUUACAAGUCAUGGCAUUCUUGUGACCCAAUGGUGCUCUUCGACGCACCGAUUGUUAAACAAGUUCUCAAAGAUUACGAACCAAUAAAGCAAACGUUACAGCGCGAAGUGCGAAGCUGUCAAAAGUUAAUUAUAUGGACUGAUUGCGAUCGUGAGGGUGAAAAUAUUGGCAUCGAAGUAAUUGAUGUUUGUAAAGAAAUUAAACCAAACAUUGAAGUUCUCCGUGCUCGGUUUUCUGAAAUUACACCUGCAGCUGUUAAUCGUGCCGUAAAUCGGCUCACAAUUCCUGAUUAUAAUGCCAGCACAGCUGUUGAUGUGCGCCAGGAGCUAGAUUUACGUAUUGGGGCUGCCUUCACACGCUUCCAGACUUUGCGGUUAAGGCGAGUUUUCCCCCAAGCUCUUAGUGACCAGUUGAUCUCGUAUGGAUCUUGUCAGUUCCCAACUCUUGGUUUCGUUGUAGAACGCUUUCGAGAGGUUGACCAGUUUGUUUCUGAACCAUUUUGGCGUAUUGUGGUCACUGUAUCACGCGACGAGAAAACAACUGAAUUUCAGUGGCAACGUGGACGUCUUUUCGAUCAAGAUUGUUGCAGAGCAUACUAUGAACAUUUACAUCAAAAUCGCUAUGGCCAAAUCGUAGAAGUUAUUAAGCGUCCGAAGACCAAAUGGCGUCCAACUGCUUUGGAUACUGUAGAAUUGGAAAAACUGGCCUCUCGCAAGUUACAUAUGGGAGCUAGAUAUGCAAUGCAGUUGGCUGAGCGUCUUUACAACAAAGGUUUUAUUUCAUAUCCUCGUACAGAAACUAAAAUAUUCCCACCGGAUUUGGAUCUUAAAAACUUAGUGCGCGUUCAACUAAAUGAUUCUCGAUGGUCUGAUUUUGCCUCCAGAAUCCUUGAGCAUGGUCCUAAUCCUAAGAACGGAAAGUCAAGUGAUAAGGCUCAUCCACCUAUACACCCGUUAAAAGUGGGCGAUUCGCUUCAGGGUGAUGAAGCACGUCUCUAUGAAUUGGUGACUAGGCAUUUUCUAGCUUGCCUUUCAACCGAUGCAGAGGGUGCUGAAACCAUAGUUCGUUUGUGUAUUGGUAAACCUACUCUUCCAAGAACAUUUCAUUCAAGUAUAAGUACAGCUAAUUUACUUACUUCAGAAGAUGGGGAAUUAUUUGAGUCCAAAGGUCUUAUGAUUUUGGCUCUGAACUAUUUAGAAGUUUACAUUUAUGAUCGGUGGGCUGAAAAAGAUAUGCCUGUUUUUCAAUUAGGUGAAUGGAUUUUACCUGAUAAUAUUCAAAUACUUACUGGUCAAACAUGUCCACCGCCUUUGCUUACUGAAGCUGAUCUUAUUUCCCUUAUGGAUCGUCAUGGGAUCGGCACAGACGCUACACAUGCUGAACAUAUUGAAACAAUCAAACAAAGACUUUAUGUCGGUUUAGAGCAAAACAAAUUUCUUGUUCCAGGCCAAUUGGGGAUGGGACUAGUGGAAGGUUAUGAUUCCAUGGGUUUCGAGAUGUCUAAACCUAAUUUACGAUCGGAAUUUGAAGCUGAUCUUAAGUUAAUAUGUGAAGGUCGAAAAACAAAAGAAGAAGUAUUACAUCAUCAUUUGAACAAGUACAAAGAAUUAUUUCGUUUAGCUCUAAAUCAGGCGUCAUUCCUAGACAGGGCAUUAGCUCUUCGAUUGGAACAAGAAGCAGAAAACGUUCAAAAUAUAUCUGGUAGUGUUGGUGAGAUGGCUUCAUUUGCUGCUGUCAAUAACGCUACUGAUGGACAUAAUCAAAGCAACGUUUUAAACCCGGUUGUUGCAUUUUGCCCUACUUGUCAUUCUGGUCUAGUACUUCGUCAGAAACGUAGUGCUUUACGUCCGUUAACAACUAGUUCAAAUAUUUCAAAUAAUCCUGGUUCAAAUGAAGUAAAUCAAACAAGUAAUGGUGGCUGGUUUCUCUCAUGUUCUGGCUAUCCUAAUUGUCGAUAUGCAAUUUGGUUUCCAGAUUCAGUCAUUCAUGUUCGUGUUUUAUCUGAAUCAAAUGAAAAUACGUGCAAUCGUUGUACAAACUUCAUACCUUCCUCAUCUGUUCAUUCUUCUAAUGAUCAGUUAAGGCCAUCGAAAUUAGGCUUACGUUUUCGACGCAAUUUUUACUUGCCAAAUGGUUACUUUCAGGAUGAUGAUACUAAAGAAUAUAUAACUUGUAUAUUUUGCGAUGAAGAUAUUUGCAGAACAUUAGGAAUUCAUAUUCGUCUAGUGAAUCAUUCAUCCAUCUCUUCACAAACAACAGUUUCGAAUGAAUUCAAUGCUAAUCGAGAUCCUCUUACAUCACAAACACGUAAUUCCUCCUCUCCCCUUCCUUUUUCAUCUACUACAAUUGGUAGUCAUCAUAAUUCCUCCAGUCUAUUGCAUGCGAAACCUUAUUUAAAUCUACAUCCAACAUCUAAUAAUUCAUCCCAUAAUACUCUACCUCGGUCUCCUAAUUUCUCAAGAUCUGUUGACGAUGCAGAGGCUGAUGAUUCAGACAAUAUCUUGUGCAAUUGUGGCCAUUCAGCUAUUCAGUUAACUGUCAAGAAACCAGGCCCAAAUCAAGGUCGUUUGUUUUAUCGUUGUUCUGGAGUAACAGGUAAUUCAUGUGAUUUCUUUUUAUGGAAAUCUCAAACAAGUUCAAUAACUAUUGCUCAAUCAAGUCCUUUGUAUUCUAGUACUUUCGUACCAUUACGGAAUAUCAUCGACCCAUGCUCUCGUCUUGAAAACGUAUCUGAGAAUGCUAAUUGUGUCAGUAGUAGAACGUCUGGCUUAGGUUCUUCAGACUCUAAUUCACCUUGCGUUAUUUGUCGUUGUGGAGAGCCUGCAAAAUUACUUGUUGUCAAUAAACAGUCGUCUAACAAGGGUCGUCAUUUUUACGCAUGUCCAAACAGUCGUCCUAAUAUCGAUGGUGGUCCAGCAUCUGGAUGUAAUUUUUUUCAAUGGGCAGAUCACAUUGAUACAGCAUCAGGACAGUCGGAUUCAUCAGUAUGUGGACUUUCAAGCAGACGAUAUGCAUCUGGAUCAAGUACUGAACAAAGACCCAGUUAUCAUAGAACAGCAGUGAGUGCUGAAACAAACAUCUCUGUCGGUCAUGUCCCAUCAUGGCCUCCUCCAGCUUCAAAUAAUUCAAGAGACAUUCAUUCUCAUCAAAUUCUUUGAGGUGACCGGACUGAUAUUUACGUUACAGGACUAAUUCAAUACAAACUCAUCACAAGAUGGGCUCACUGAUCAAUCGACAUAUACUAGGAAACCAAAGUUGUCAUUUAAUUACAAAAUAAUAAACGGCAGUGACAUGAUUAUUAGUUAUUUGUCAAACGACGAAAUAACUCGUCAAAAACAAAAGUUACAAAGCAAUCACUGAUUCUUUACAUCUGCCUGUUGUUUCAUGAAAAUGACCAACUCUGUCUUCACUAUCUCAUCAAUUUUCUACAGUGUCAUUUGCAUCAAUGUUUACACCAUAUUCACAGCGGUCUCAGUCUAUGUUCUUUAACAAUCUUAAACUUAUUUGAAGAAUAACGUUUAAACAGUCCUAGUUGCUCUUAUCAAUGUAAUAUAGAGUGCAAGCUGUAUUAUCAAGUUUAGAUUUCAUCUCGCUAUUAGAAGUAGAUAGCUAUUUGUUGUGUCAAAACUAUUUUACUGUGUUCCUAUUAUGCCUGUGCUGCAAUUAAGUUUUUUUCUACCUCGUUGCAAAAGUUUUGCAUGGCGUAUUUUUUAAGAGCCUAAUUUUUGACCAAUAGAUUAUUAUUCCUGUG